ACACACACACACACACACACACACACACACACACACACACACACACACACACAUAUAGUUAAUGAGUAUUAAAUACAGAUAAACACACAGAUCUUGACUGAGUUAUUCAUUCAGAAAUAGUUUCAGUUUCUUGAUUCUUAAUCCGAAUGUGAAAAGAGCAAUUUUUUAUGUUUGACUGCAUUGUACUAAACCGAAAGCAAACGCGUCGAGUACAAAACAAAACAAAGAAGAAGUGACUUUGAGUGGCAAAGUGAUCAAAAUUGACAUGGACAACCAUCCAUUGCGCACGACCUGGAACGACGACUGCUAUGACUCCGCAUGGGUGCCUCCAAACAGUAAUAUCUCUGUAAUCAAAUCUGGCCGAGAGGAGGACUGUGUUUGGGACCCGGACCGCAUCACUGUGAUCGACGUGGCGUGUUCCGCGUGUGAGAGCGAACGGCGCAAGCUGCGUGAUCUCAUCCGCACACACACGCGCAGCAACGAGUGUCCAUUAUGCCGCCAGAGCGCACCGACAUUACCACACGAGUUGCAUGAUUGCUGGGAAUGCGGGGGGAAGAAUUUGUCCGUUUGAGAGAGAGCAUGUGUGUACGACACAAGGGAACAGCCAGUGAUAGGAUAUUUCCCAACAUCCAGUCCUGGAGGGCCAGCAUGUGGUGUGUUGAGCUAAUGGCCCCCAGGAUUUGUAAACUGCAUUUUGGCUACUAUGACUUGUGGCUUAGGGGAUACCUCCAAGAUUAUAUAUUUGUGUCUUUUUUAUUAAUCAGAAAGGUGCAUGGAAAUAUUUAAAAAAAAGUCAGGUAACAUUAAAAGUAAUUAAUACACUGUAAUCCCUUUAAAGGUCAGUCACUGUGACCUGUGCAAUUUAUGCAAUUAAGUGCAACUUAUCUCAAUGCCUCAACUAAUAAAAAUAUAAAGGGUAUUUCUAUGAGGCACCAUAUAUAUAUGGUGC